UUGAUAUAAAUGAUCAAAUGUGUAUAUACCUUAAGUUUAAGUACGUGACAACCUUCUCAAACUCAUUUUCUCUAUUAGCAUAUUCGCAAAAAAAUAUGUUGAUUCGUUUUCUUUCUACUUUCUAGUCAACAUAACCUAAAACACCUACCCAUGUUUAUUUCCUGUUAUAAGUGUUUCCCCAUCAAAUUCAUAUUCAUUGACAUCUUGAAGAUACUCCUCUUUUUUUCAAUUGACUUUCUUAUGUACAAUGUUAUCUUUCGUCGUAAUCUUAUUACAAUGUCUUUGUUUAUAGCCGAGCAAAUGUUAGUUAAUUUGAUUGUACCCAAAACAUGUUAGCUAACUUUAAUAAUACUUAAAUGUCCACGUUAUAGAUCGUUGAAUAUGUCUAAUGAUUUGGCUUCUUCAAAAUAUGUACAGUAUAUGUUAUGUCGUUCUACACAACACAUUGGUUAUACCAUACUUUGGAGUUCCACGUGAAUCGCUGAAUCCUUGUAGUACGACGACCAAUUAGUCCAUAUGUGGGAUCAGGAAAGACUAACAGUUUGUUCAUUACAACUCUCUUGGUUCCUCUCCUAAUUCCUUAACCAGAUACCUCUCUCCCGACCAAAAAUAGGUAAUUUCUUACAGUAAGAAAUUUAAUAUGUGGGAUCAGGAAAAAUAGAUAGUUGUGAUGUGGGACUGAAGGCCCAGAGGUCCCAGACAAAGUGCUUUUGUGAACAUAUCCUUAAAUAAUUUGUUACAUACCAAAACGGUACUUUCUUCAAAUAUUGUUGUGAUUUUUCUUUUGAACUUUAUGUUAUUACUGUGUUUCUAGAUCGAGAACGAAUGAGUGUUUUCACUUUUUAAUAAAAUAUACAAACAGUUUUAACUUUACAAUAUUAAUGGGUUAAUUACAGUGCCGUCCCAGUAAAUUUGAUGGUCUAAAGCAUAUUUAUAUACAAUAUCAUAUAUAUAUAUAUUAUAUUAUAUUUUCUAUUUGAAAUAUAAAAUGAUAUAGUAGGUUAGUUACAUCAGAUUAAUAUCAGAUAAUUAGUAGAUAUUUUAGUAAAAUAAAAACUAUUAGUUUGUUUGAACUAUUAUUAUUUGUAAUCCAAGUAACACAGAAAAUAGAAACACAGAUAAUAAAUAAAUUAUUUCAAUUAAAAGAGGUUGUUUCAAAAAAUUCAAAAUAAGAAAGGAAUGCAUAUGUAAAAAAAAGGAAAUAUUACAAGUUAACAUAAACUAUAACAUUGAAUGUGCAAAUUCCAACUCAAACAAAAAGUGAAAAUAAUGUUUUUAACCACUUGACCAUAAUCAUUUUUUUCAAAAAAUGUGGCCUCUAAAAUUGUAAGAAAAUUUGUGGCUUAAAGCUCUUGCUUCACUGGCUUUAUGGCAGGGACGGCCCUGGUUAAUUAUCUUCCACGGAAAUGAAUAUGUUUAUUAAUAUAUAGAUAAUCUAUACCGUCAUACGGACUUAAUUUUACGAACCCACACCUGCCUUUUUUUAAUGAAAACCCACAUAUGCUUUCAGUUAAUUAACUUGAAUCUUCGACUUAUGGCAUGCAUUUGAAAACGUUUAAUUGAUCAUUGGAUACAAAACUUCCACAUAACUAUGAAGUUUAAACUGAAUUAUUUCAUAUUUCAGAUAUAGAUGAAACUAGAAAACAUAAUCGUGUAUCUAUUUGUAAAAAGACUCCAAAACAACAUGUUCAGUUCACACGUUUUAUCUUGAGUUAGUGAUCAGUGUGUAGUGUGUAUACAUCUCUCUUAGAUGUAUAACUAAGUUUCUUUUUCAAUAUCUGUCCACAUCUUUACGUCAGAAAAAAAUGAAUCCCCUAAUGUACGAAAACUAUUGUUUAUUUAUAUUUUUAAUGAAUGGAAAACAAAGUUGUUAUAUUCUUAUUCCCUUAACUUUUUCUAAUGUCGGUUUAAUUAUACACAAAUAAUAUAUUUCUUAUAUAAAAUCAAUCCGUCAAAAUAGAACUUUUAUGCUUGUUUUCUUCUUCGAUUCCAUGCAUGUGUUUACGAAAAGAAACUGGUAAAUAAUAUGUACAUGCAUGCAUUUUCCUUCUUUAUUUUUUGUCUUUUUAUCAUCUUGGAUCUUUUUACAGUGUUCAUAUUUAUUUAUUUUCUUCUGUCAGAGCUUUUUUAGUAAUCUUUAUUGAUAUCCAUUUCUUAAUCUGUUCAGAUUCAUACGUACGCUUUUUUUAUCUAUAACCAAAUGAAAAGGCCAUUUUCACGCGUCUCUACAGUUUAACAAAUACAGUACUCAUACAAUUGCAUGAUUUUUAUGUGCCUCGAAAUUAUGAUAUAUAUACUGAACAAAAUUUGAAAAAUAUGCAAAACUUCAGAUUUACGUUUUGUUGUUAUUUUUCUUAUGUUCACACAAACAAAAUGUUUUAUAAAACAUUCAAAAUUCUUCACUACAGAACCCUAAUUAAUAUCUCCAGCUCUUCCACUUUCCUUGUCUUCUUUGUUUCUCAUUUUCAACGCAUCGUCGUCUAUUUGAAACAGUGAAAAAACUGAAACCCUAAUAAUCGAUGAAUAAUGGGAAGAGGCCCUUUCGAGCUGGUGAAUCUGAGGAGAAGAAAGAAGCCGAUGACGACGAGAACAUAUUUCCGUUCUUCUCGGCUCGAUCUGAAUACGACACGCGUGCCAUGGUCUCAGCCUUGACUCAAGUCAUUGGAAACCAAAGCAGCACGCAUGAUAAUAAUCUACAUCACCCUGUUGAGUAUGAUCAGCAAGAUCCCAUCCAACAUGUUCCUCCUACUCAAGAUCAUGGAAACUUGAGGAAAAUACAUUAUAGAGGGGUAAGGCAACGACCAUGGGGAAAAUGGGCUGCCGAAAUUAGGGAUCCACAAAAGGCCGCACGCGUGUGGCUUGGGACAUUUGAGACCGCUGAAGCUGCGGCCUUAGCUUAUGAUGAAGCAGCUCUUAAGUUCAAAGGAAGCAAAGCCAAACUUAAUUUCCCUGAGAGAGCUCAACUAGCAAGUAACACUAGUACCAUUACCGGUCUACCAAACUAUUACUCUUCUAAUAAUCAAACUUACUACUCAAAUCCGCAGACUAAUCCACAAAACAUACCAUAUUAUAACCAAUACUACUAUAACCAAUAUCUUCAGCAAGGGGGAAAUAGUAACGAUGCAUUAAGCUAUAGUCUGGCAGGUGGGGAAACCGGAGGCUCAAUAUAUAGUCAUCAGACAUUAUCUAAUACCACUUCUUCACCAGCUGGUGGAUCUUUAAGGCAACAAGAAGAUUACACAAGAUUUUGGCAUUUUGGGGAUUCUUCUCCUAAUUCUGGGGUUUGAGAUCCUCAUAUAAAUAAGGGGUUUCGGGUGACUUGUUAUGAGGAGAUCAUAUCAUAUGUUCCUUGAGUGUUUUCUGUUUUCAUUAUGCGUGUGUCGUUUGUGUAUCAUUUUCUUAAUUAGUUUCUUCUUUCGAGAGUUUUCACUGGGUUUUUUGUUAACAAGCGUUGAUUUUAAGCUAAAUUCAUAAAAUAACAAAAUAUUGUCCUUAAAAUUUAUGGGAGUAGUCUCAAAUAAGCACACACAUACAUACUGAUACAUACAUAUAAAUUAUUCACCGGUUUCUCAGUACAUGGUGUUAAUGGAUAUAUCAUAUGGCAUGUAUAACGUGAGUGAUCAAAACAAUAUAUAAAAUCAACGAUAAAAAAUCUUAAGUUUGUACAAUGUCACAUCACAUGAUAAAUGUUAAGAUUUUGGAUCAUUUUGAUGUGUCGAUUGUAUUGCCACAUCAUAAAUGCACGCAAACCAAAACUUUCUUGAAUGAAAGUACAUGUAUCUUACAUGACAAAGCCAAAGCAGCAUACCUACAUAUAACUUAACUCGUAUAAUAUUUGCAUAUUUGUUGAGCUCUGGUGGUUGAACCAAAAAAGAGGUUAAUAAUUUUGUCUAAUUAUCUUUGCGAGAUUGGUGUAUUUAAAAUCUAGAUUUGUACCGAAUUAUUUAUUGAACUGGAUUGUACGUCUGUGACUGUAAAUAUAUGAAAAUGUGGUCGUAUUUUUAUGUAAAAUAUAAUAAAAAUGUUUUUCUAAUGAUGAGAAUAGUUGGGUUCCUACUAUUCAAUUAUUUUAAAUAAAACCGAAAAUAUUCUUUUCCAGUUUUGGCUAACAUGGUAAUUGUAUGCACCAUGUAAUAUUUUGGAAAAAUCUAAUAAACCCAUACAUUUGAAUAUCUUUUUAGUAUUUCCAUAUGAUAAUUAUGAUGAUACAAAAUUGUACUAUAAAAGUGAUCUGAAUUAAUUCAUCAAUUGCAUGCCGUUUAGUUAGAAAUCAAUUGAUUUUGACAUAUCAUUUAGUUUUUUUUUUGUCACAAAUCAAUUGUUUUUUUAGUUAGAAAUCACUUUUAUGGUUUGUUAGAAAUCAAUUGUUUUUUUUUUGCCAUUUAGUUAGAAAUCAAUUGUUUUUUUUUGCCAUUAGUUAGAAAUCAAUUGUUUUUUUUUGCCAUUUAGUUAGAAAUCAAUUGUUUUUUAAGUCAUAAAUCAAUUGAUUUUGACAUAUCAUUUAGUUUACAAAUUAAGAACGAAGUAAAAACAUUCUUACACACAAACUUCAUGUGACAUUUAUUGGAUUGUUUUAACCCUUCUUUUAAUUGGUUUAUCUAUUAAACCAGUAAUUAUAAUGAGACUUCAACGAGCCUUAUAUUAGUUUUAAUUCUCAAAAAAUAAAUGGGAUUGGAAGUAACAAGUAUGAAAACUUGACCAAAACAGAUUCCAUAUGGUCUGUUCAACUCCUUGACUUUGUCAAUCCAAAGAGGUUGGGUUGACUCCUUUUGACCCAUGUUUUAUUAUUAUUUUCUCUCGUUUUUUUUUUUUUUUUAAAUGCAUAUACGUUAUUUAUGGUAUACAAUGAUAUAGGAAAUGUGUAAUGCGGAUUCAUACAAUAUUACACACAUGAUGAAAAUAACUAAAUUUACAGGAAUUAACAUCUGAGUUAGAUUCAAUGUACAUAUUUUCAGAAAAAAAAAUUCGUUUUGAAAUUCAGACUCGUUCCUCAUAUCAUCAUGUCAACUGAAAUGAUGGUUACAAUGAUAAUGAAUUUUGGUGUAAUUAAAACACUUUCAAACCAACGCGUUAUCUCCUCUUUCUUUUGUCUUUUUUCUUUGUUAACUUUUCUUUCAACUUAUUUUUGUUAACUCUUUUUUAACCUGUCGACAAAAGAAAUUAAUUUUUACAUAUUAUCGUAAAUGGUUAGUGUUUGGUAUAUGAAUCUCGGCCGCCGACCAAAAUCUGUACUUCUUGACAUUCGUGGAAAAUAAAAGCAUUAUAUUAUUAUUUUUCAAUAAAAUAUUGCAACGUGCGGAUGUAGCAGCGCUAUCACAUAAAUGUUAUUACUGAUAAGUAAAAUUUAUAAAAUAAAUAAAGGAUUUUUAUGAUGAACUAUUGUUAGCAUUUUUCUACAUUGCUCUGAUUUUGUCAGCAUUUUUGUAACUAUCUUUAGUCGUUUUCCCUUCUGGCAUAUAGUACAAAGACAUGGCAAGUGAUGAACAUUCAACUCAUGUUUAUCACAUUUCCAAUUAAUUCUAAAAUUGUUUGAUGUGAGUUCAGAUAUCGACAAUUGGUUACAAAACAAUUCAAAAAUAUUAAAUAUAAAUACAGUUAUUAUCUAUCCCGACAGACGGAAUAUAAGAGAAGAGAAUAUCUAUAAUCAGAAGGUUGACGUCAAUGGAAAUGGGGAUGGCCAGCAGCACCGCACGCACGCCUGCGUAGCACCGUCCUUUCAACCUUUGCGGCCUUCUAAGCUCUCACAGAUCUCAACCACUUCCUUUUGCCUUCCUUUUCAAACUUAUCGGCCCGAAGACGUAUGUAUGCAAACUAUGCAUGCAUACUUGUUAUACAAAAAUAAAAUCAAAUAAGAAGACGUAUAUAUUGCUUGUUUCCUUCGUAUGGGCCAUGGGGAUGUUCAAAUUGCACCGACUCACAUUCAUUGUAAUAAUGUAUACAAAGCAGCCCACUUCAGUUUUCUAAAUAGUCUGGCCCAUUUUAUCAUCCCGAAAAUGGGUUUUAAGACCACAACUAACUUUUUUUAUUGGGUUAAUCCACGUUUAAAAAAUAAGAAACAAGUGGCAAAACAAUAACUCCGACCUGCCGGAAUCGAACCAGCGACCUAAAGAUUUGCUGUCACAGACUACAGUCUUCCGCUCUACCAACUGAGCUAAGGUCGGUUGUUGUUAAAAACAAAAAGCCUAUUCUUAGUAAUGUUAAAUGUAAUCUUUUUUUCUAACUUCUAAACCGGAAAAGAGAACCAGCGAGAUUAUGACUACCAAAUCAUGAACCACCUUGAUUCCUCUCUUACGUUACAAAAAAAAAAAAAAACUCAGGGUCAAAACAUUCAUAACUUUGAUCAAACACACGUACAAUUGACCUACCAGUUUGAUUCAAAACCGGAUGGAUACGCACGGUUUCAAUUUAACCGAUUUGCACGUGCCGUGUAGAAUCGCACGUGUAAGCCCCACAGUUAUGUUCGUUCUUGUAGCCUUGUAGGCAUUGAAAUCGAUGAUGGGGAACUCGUUCGUUUUGUGGAGUAUGUUGAUAAAGACAACAUUGGAACUAUAACGUUCCAAGAGUGGAAGAGAUUUUCUUUGGUUAUACCCUCAUGAAGCCACGAUUGAAAACACAUAUAAUCACUGGGAAAGGUGUGCUUAAUCAUUGGAACUGUAUUAACAUUUUACCAAAAAAAAAAAAAAAAGGUGUGCUUAAUAGACAUUGGGGAGGAAGCUGUUAUAUAUACCAGCUGGUAUAAGCUAACAUGUCAAAAGAAACAGAUUGCUUCUCGGGAGGACUAGCCGUGCCAUUUCUAGGACUAGAGACGACAAUGAAGCAAGAGUUCAUGGAAACGUUGAGAGGUUUCUACAGAGGACUCUUACCAAAUCUUGUAGUAGAUCCAAGCAUAUUGUUUAUGAAGCUAUGAAGAAAAACAUCAAGAGCCAUUACAAUUUUUUCUCGGCGACAUUCUUUUUUCAUCACACUCUUAGAGUUAUAAAACUUAUAAUUAUGUGAGAUAACAGUAACAAGCUGAUUUACAUUUCUCAACUAUCGAUAUUUUGUAUGAUCAUUUACAUUUUAAUCUCGACUAUAAAAUAUGAUCCACGAUAUUGACAACGAUCGUAUACCUAUAAACAUUUGUUUAUAUAUAAUGGUACUCUCAACUUUACAUAUAUUUAUUUUAAAAUUCAGUGAUUCAAAUCUUUUUAUUGUUUUUAAUUAUAUUGUUUAGGAUACAAACAACAUUUUUUUAUUGUAAUACAAGCAACAUUACAAUAAAAUAUAGUUUACAUUCCAAAAUUUAAACGAUUUAGUUAGUUUUUAUUAAAAUAAGAGCAAUUGGAUUAAAAAAAAAGAAGAGCAAUUGGAUUAUUAAAAAAAAAAAACUAUAUAAGAGCAAUUGGAACAAUAGUUAUAAGGAUUUUCUUAAAUAGUAAACCGGUUAUUAUGGAAACCGCCGCCAAAAUAAGGGAAACACCGUGAUAACCCCCACAAAUAAAAGCACAUGUACAACAAGUUCCUUGUUAGUUAUGGACAUUGUAGAUGCUAUCCUCUAUCACAUGGCUUGUAACUAAAUAAAAGAGAGCAGGUAGUGAGAGAUAAUUGAUUAUGAAUAAGCACUCUUUAAACAAAAGUAUUAAAAAUAAUGCAUUGCAACUAGAAACCUUUUUCUUUAAUGAUAUAGACAUGCUAGAAACAAAACUAUAUUGAGCCGACGAUACAGUAGCAUAGUUAUAAAGUUAUAUGAAAUUCUACAGUUUUACACAGAUCCCGGAUCUUGAAAUUUUCUCAGUGUGUAUCUUUUAAGCAAUAAAAAACUUGUAAAUGGCAACUCGGAUCUUAAUAUAUAAAGAUAGUUUAGAAAGAAACAACAAGAUUGUAAAGCUAUUAAAAGCAAUCAGAAUACUUCUCGUGAGAGAAUCAACACAUCACCGGAAGAAGAAAUAAAAACAUUAAAGAUCGAAAAUACGAAAAGAAGAAAGGCGUAGCCUUCCCUUUGCCUCUGAUGACUUGCCGUUUGUAUCCUUCUCCGUUAACAAGAACAGAGAAAGAUAGCGGAACCGAGUAAACUCCGGUUAAUCGUAGCUUGAAUCCUUCUUACCGGCGUCUUCGUGUUCCGUUUCUUCCUCCAUAUCUUCUUCUUCUCUUCCUUAGAUUAGUGGCAAGGAGAGAUAAAAUGUUAGUGUUUCUUUUAGUCUUCUAUGUCUAUCUUCAACCCAUUUAUAAUGCUUCAUUUGGUCCCAUAUCCAAAUCAUUAUUAAUUUACUAUUGUUAUUUUUUAAAGUAUAUGUUUUGCUCAAUUUUAUUUCAACGCUAUGGAAUCUUUAUGAAAGUUAUACCUAACUUCAGUAAAAUUCUAAUAAGCACUUCAAUAAUGGGGGUGUGUUUUACUCUUAAACUAAUUCAGUUUGCAUUAUUAUUAUUUUGAGUAAUAUUCAGUUUGCAUUAUUGCAUGGCAUAUAAUUUUUUUAAAAAAAUUUCCACUUUGCAUUAUUGCAUAGCGUGGAAAUCUUAAAUGAAUUCCAGUUUUAAUCAAUAAUCCCACAUAAUAGUUUUAUACAAUGUUAGAUGCUAGCUACCUCUCAACUAUCAGUUUCUGGGAUGUGAAGAAAUGUCAGAAGCAUUUUCUCAAAACAAAAAAGAAGAAAUGUCAGAAGCAGUCGUCAAAUAUCAUUUGCUGAUAAAAAAAUAUGGUUUGCUUUCCUUCAUCUAAAACUAUUUUCUUAUUUUUCUAUAACUUUUCCAUGACAAUUAAAAACACAAGCCGGUUAUAUAUAUUCAUGUGUCUGUCAUUUCCACUAGGAAGCAAUAAAUAAUCAUUUUUAUAUACAAAUAAACCAACCAUAUAUACUUUUCGAUUUUUUUUUUUUUUGAACACAACUUUUCGAAUUUUUAAAAUACUCAUUUUGUAGGAGGUGAUCCAGUUUAGUGGUCAUACGAGGACCACUUAGCUCAGCUCAGCCGUGCAUCCAACUGACAUUGAGUUUGUAUCAAUUUGUCAAAAAAAAAACUUAUUUUUCCUCAACAACAAGUGGAGACAUACUUGCAUAAUUAGCUAUUUCCCCUUUCAGUUUACAAAACUAUGAAUAUGAUAAUCAAAAAGUUGGCUGCAUAGUGUAUAUCAUUAUGCCCAAAGUUGCAUUUUUCUGAAAGUUAAUGAACAAUCCUAGCUUGACACAUCACUGCUUACGUACUAACUAUGGCAAGAAUAUGUACUGCAUGAGUACACUUCUUUCUUUUGAAAUCAGCAUUAACUUAAUUCGAAAUCGUAGUAGAAAUAACACUCCAUGAAUAUAUCAACUUUUGAAUUAUCAUUAGCGGGUUUCGAUAAACAUGACUUAGCAAAACAAGUUUGACAUAUUUAUAAUGCUACAUAAUAUCUGUAUAUUAUAAAAUAAUAGGUGACUAGUUUGUGAAUGCUUAUUUAAGCUAAAUUUUAUUGAAUGUGAUCUUCUAGUUAAUUAAAUUUGUGAUUUAUUCCUAGCAAAAGUAACAUCACUAACAUUAUCUUGUGUUAGUAAGUAAAAAUCACGAUACAAGGGAAUAAAAACUAUUGUUGAGAAAGAAGAACCUAAAGCAUAGGAAUGAAUAUGAAUAUGAUUUAUAUAUUGUAUACAAUUAACUAAUGUGUAGUGUAGGCCUUUCUUUAUAUAGGUAAAAGCUCUUUACAACGUUUAAUUUUAUAACAAAACUAGCAAUGGACAAUAAUCACGUCGAAUAAGCACUAGUCCCACUAGAGUGGGAGCCAGUAAGCAACCAUCACUACUUCAACUCGUACCAGUUUAUUAUAUUGAAAUCAAUAUAUGAAUAUAGUUUUAAUUCCUUAUUGAGAAAGCUUCGUACCACUUUAGUUAUCACAAAUGAAGCACGUUACUUUUGCGAUUCUAUAAACUUUGAUUAGAAUCGAAAGUACUAAUCGGAAUAUAGAACACUAUAUAAAAGAUAGAGAAAAACACAUUUACGGUUUAAUUGAUUGCAUAAAUAUACACAACUAAGUACAUCUCAGUAUCUCGCUGAUAAACAAUUUUUUUUAAAAAGUAAAUAAAUAUACCAACUUUAAUUAGCGUUAUAUUUUAUCUAAGAACAUCUCCAACUUUAUUUAGAGUAAAAAAUGCUUCAAUGGUAUUCUAUUUUUCACUCUAUUAUAGAGUGAAAAAUAGGUUUAAUUCAAAUAUAGAGUAAUUUAUUUUUUUCUUGUUCAUCAUUCUAUUUUUUACUCUAAAAUAGAAUAUCAUUAGAGUAAACCAUUGGAAAUUGUCUUAGAAAGUGAUUAAAAGGAACUAGACGGAUGAUUAGACGCUGUCUAAAUUGAUUUCGAGAAGAUUCGUUUUAAAAUAAUUGUCUCGCUUAUGAAUGAUUUACCAUCUAUAUCGAUUUCUUUAGAACAUUGAUCUGAACUAUGUAAGAGUCAAAAACACUAUUUUCUCCUUUUUAUGCUUUGAUCUAAUGUGAUAUCACCCUUAAGUAAAUGAAAAAUAUUUAGACGAUAGAAACACAAAAAAAAAAAA